AUGGCAAAUUUGAGACAUAAUAGUCAAAUUGUCUUAGCAACAACUUCCUCAGGUAUAGCUGCUACAUUAUUACCUGGUGAUAGAACUGCACACUCUCGAUUUGGGAUCCCCAUUGAUAUAGAGCCCAUUUCUAUUUGCAAAAUAACAAAGAAUUGUGACCUUGCAAAACUCAUUAGAAUAACCAAUGCAAUCAUUUGGGAUGAAGCACCCAUGAUAAGUAGAUAUUGUGUGGAAGCAUUAGAUCGAUCACUGCAAGAUAUUAUGAAUAUCAAUGCUCCAUUUGGUGGAAAAAUAAUGAUCAUGGGAGGAGAUUUUCGCCAGGUGCUUCAUGUUAUUGAAAAAGGAAGUAGAGGACAAAUGAUUUCAGCGUGUAUUGUUAGGUCUCAAUUAUGGGCCACCACAAAGAUCCUACACUUGCGCCAAAAUAUGCGAUUAAUUCAUGACCACGAGUUUGCACAGUUUGUAAUAAGGAUUGGAGAUGGCAAUGAACCCGCUAAAGAGGAUGACAUGGUCAAGAUGUCUGCUGAAAUUGUAAUACCAUGGGAAGGAGAAAACUCCAUAAAAAAGCUUAUACAACAUACAUUUCCCCAAUUAGAAAACCAUGGAUGGGAUGCUUCAUAUAUGGUGGAGAGAGCCAUACUUACUCUAAAAAAUUGUGAUGUACAUAUGUUGAAUGACAUGAUUAUUAAUAAGUUCCCUGGAGAUGAACAUAUUUUGUUAUCUUUUGAUGAGGUUGAGGGUGAUACUCAUAAUCUAUAUCAACAGGAAUACUUACACACAAUUGCUCCUGGCCACAACGCUGGAAAAAGAGCUUUCUUGCCAAGAAUUAAGCUCAAAACCACUGAUGGUGCAGGACUUCCUUUUGUGCUUAUUAGAAAACAGUUUCCUGUCAAACUAAGUUUUGCAAUCACUAUAAAUAAAUCACAAGGACAAACAAUUCCAAAUUUCGGAAUUUAUCUUCCACGACAUGUUUUCAGUCACGGACAAUUGUAUGUUGCUUUAUCAAAAGGUGUUUCGCGGGCUGCAACAAGAGUGCUAAUUAAAGACGGAAAAGUAGAGGGGGAAGAAGGGGAUUUUACCAAAAAUAUAGUUUUUAAAGAAAUUUUGUUGUCACAACCUCAGGUAUUUAUCCAUUAUGUUUAA